UUCCAUUAGAUCAUUAAUGUAUAUCCCCUGAGGGCGAAAUAUCGAUACAAGUUAAAAACUAAGUGUCACUUUGACAAAGAAACCCCAUUCCUUCAGGCACCAGUCAAUCUCGCGAUACAGCCGAUAGUCUAAACUAAAAUCCACGCACCUAAUAGGCGAACCAAUUUAAGGAAGCGACAUCCAGCCACUAAAAAGCCAAAUAAUUCAAAGACCAUCAUUCAAUUUAACCUAAACGUGGUUGAAAUGUCAUUAAUAAUUCAUCUCUUUAGUAGUUUUAACUUCCUCAAACUACGCAACUGAACCUUAGCAGACGUUUGGGUUUGAUGUUCGUCUUUCUCUUCGAAAGCUAAGAUCAUCUGGAGUGUUUUCUUCACCAUAUUCAAAGAACAGUACAUCGUAUCCUAGCGACAAAAACCCUCGCGCUACCAUCUUGUCCAAUUAGUAAGAUGAUGGGACUUGUUAUCUAAGUCCAAGCCAGAGCAGUUUGAAUUACAUUACAUUAGAAGCAAAAGACCGUACAAUUAUGAACAGCACAACCGGAAUGAUGCACGCCACAGAGCGUUCACAACUUGAAGAGACGUUCGCUGUACUCAUCACCGCGAUGCUUAUGCCUCUAAUUCUUGUUGGAAACCUAUUGGUCAUGACGUCUUACAAGAUUAAUCAUCGGCUAAGAACUCGUACGUAUACUUUCCUUGUCAACCUUGCCGUGUCGGACCUCAUCGUCGGUGGAAUAAACAUCCCACUAUGGCUCUCGUGCAUAAUCAACUACGAUCGAUGCUCGUCAUACAAAACAUUUGUCAAAAUAUUCAAGAUUUUUGACCUAUUCGGUGCCUAUGCCUCGAUAUUUCAUUUGACUGCUAUAAGUAUCGAGAGGUAUAUUGCUGUCGUUAGACCCUACUCUUUCCAGCAGCUGCGACAGAAAAGCUUCUACAUCGUCUCGGUAUUCGCUUGGUCGUUGUCUUUAUUGAUGGCAUCGCUGUCCUGGUUCAGUGCAAGUCAUUUUAACCUCAAGAUCUACAAUGUUGCGAUAUUUUUAUUGGGCUUCGCGCUUCCAGCUGCUAUUGUGGUAUCUAUGUAUUUUGGAAUAUUUAAAGCUGCAAAGUCUUUAGCAUUAAGAACUCCGGUAUUCCCUCAAAAUGGACGAAAAAACCAAAUGAUCAUGCGCGAGGAUAGAAAAGUUGCAGUCACAGUUGCUGUGAUCAGCGGUCUCUUCAUCAUCGCAUGGCUGCCAUUUUUCAUCCUUUCCAUCAUCGCCGCGUUUUGCUUCGAAUGUUUCCCCGCCAAUGCUACAGACACGCUUCGGAUCGUUACGUCAGUCAAGUGGUUACAUUAUAGCAACAGUAUGGUCAAUCCUAUUGUAUACGCUCUGCGUGACGAGGAGAUGAGAAAUACGUUUAAAAAAAUACUUAAGAUAAAGACUUGUUACGGACAGUUGCGCAACAGAAGUAGGAAGCACUCGGAGAAAAUAAUCUCUGAGCUUAGGUCUUUAGGAAAACACAGCUCCCCUGAGGAGAUGGAUGGUGAAAAAUAAGAUUUUUUGUUCGAGGUUCGUUUAAUUAGACAGUUUAAGGAGGCUUUCCAUACGAUUUUUCCCGAACGCGUGCGCGCUCUAAGUAGGACGAGGUAGGCACUGUUAUUUGGAAUAGUCCCCUUCACAGUUCCUUGCGCCAUCUUGCAGUGCGAACACACUAACCGGGACAACAUGAACAAAAUUUAAGAUCACCUUUUUUUUUGCCAAUCAAGAUAGAGCAAAAUCAUUAUCAUAUUGACCAUAAAAGGUAACCGUGUCUGUGCAUCGAAGCGAUAACGGAGGUGACCUUACAAUGAUAUAGACCUCAUUAGAAUAGUAAGACAAUUGGUGUUAAUUAACUGAACAAAAGAAAGUGUGCAAGGGAGUCUGGUAGUGGUAGUAAAUGAUGCUAUUAUGGAAGUGUCUGUUCUUGCUUCGAUGCAAAGGCACGCUUACCUUUCAAGAUAUCGAUUAGCUAAUUUCAAUUUUAAAUUCCAUGUUUGUGGACGAAUACUCUCGCAUUCAUCUAAACUCGAGCACCCGCACAUGACCAUUACAUUAGAAAUUCAAAAAUUCAGUAAUUCGAUCAUUAAUAGUAGUUAAUGGUGAGCAAAGUUUCAUACAUUGUAAACUUAUUUAUUUAUUUAUUUUAAUAUGUAACCCUGUAUCUAGUAUAGUGUAUAUUUUAACGAUCGAUAGAUGCGGGAUUGAACUAUUAUUAUUAUUAUCAAUUCUAAUUACCGAUUAGUGAAGAAGAACUUUACUACGGUGUUGUUGAAUAAAAAUAUUUCACAGUUUUCUAGGUUUAUAUUGUCUUGGUUUGUUAGUAGGGAUUGCAUAGAGAAAUGAAGAGAGGAGAAA